UCAAUGACAUUCACGUUUCCUUCACCAGCGAAGAAUAUGUUAUUUAUAAACCCACUGUGAGAAAUAAUAAGAAUGCUGCUAUUGAGCUGUUCUGUAGCGUUACCCUAACGAAAGCUGUGCAGUUAGUCUACAGUGCUUCGGGAAAGGGACAGCACGCUGGAACUCAGCUACAGCGGCAUUAGAAUUAGAAUGCUCGAAUUUGGAUGUCAUUGGGAUAUCGGUGGAAAAACAAAUCUUGAAAAGGGAUUAACUAUCAAGAACCCCAACGAGGCGAUACUAAAAAAAAAUACAUUCUUCGUUUUUUCUUUUCAAAUAUUAGGUCUUGUACCCUAUUCUAGCACUAAGUAUUGGGGAUGAUGGAUACUGAAGUCUUCACUCUGCAGAGAAUUUCGUCUCAAGGGGUUGCUCUGGUGGCUUCUCAGUGACAAGCACUGCCCAUACUCGCCCAGAAGAUGGAUGAAGCAACGGAGCUGAGAACCGAUGGGAACUCCCUUUUAAAAGCGGUGUGGCUGCGGAGGCUAAGGCUUACCAGGCUGCUUUUAGAAGGUGGUGCGUACAUUAACGAAAGCAACGAACGAGGAGAAACCCCUCUUAUGAUAGCCUGCAUGUCUAAACAUGCGGACCAACAAAGUGUAAGCAAAGCCAAAAUGGUUAAGUAUCUGCUGGACAACAAAGGGGAUCCAAAUAUCCAGGACAAGGCAGGCAAAAGUGCACUAAUGCACGCCUGUAGCGAGAGAGCAGGCCAGGAGGUGGUGUCUUUGUUACUGGAGAAUGGAGCGGAUCCCAGUCUGGAAGACCACUCUGGAGCCUCAGCUCUUGUGUACGCCAUCAAUGCCGACGACAAAGCGACUCUGAAACACCUGCUUGAUGCUUGCAAGGCUAAAGGCAAGGAAGUUAUUAUCAUAACCACUGACAAGUCACCGUCAGGGACAAAAACCACCAAGCAAUACCUUAAUGUCCCACCAUCGCCGGAAGUGGAGGACAGAUAUUCGCCAGUGAUGUGCAUGUCUCCCUCCGACAUCGAACUGAAGACGUCCCCAUCUCCAAACAACGACAAACAGCAUGAAAGCAUCUUCAGCUUCCAGACCAAAAGACCUAGCACCAAUACCACCAUUGCUAUUGCCAAACCACACAACGAACAGGGCUCUCCCACUAGAAAGCCAUGCAACCCCAAGCGGGCCAGGCUGCCCCAGUUGAAACGACUCCAGUCUGAGCCCUGGGGUUUGAUUGCACCCUCUGUUUUAGCUGCUGCUGCUGCUGCUGCUGCACAUGCAGAAGAUUCCAAGAGAGCCACGUCAGAGGAAGAGGUCAUUUCAGGCAUCAAUGGGCUGUCACUUCCCAAACGGCCACCUUUAUCGCGACAUGACAGCUUUGAAUGCAAGGAAGGGGGGCCCACUUUCCCAUCUGUAGGUGAUCAGUUUUCUAAGAUAACGUCCACACUGUCAGCCCCGGCCUCCAGAAAGCCAUCUUAUGAGAAAUCUCAUUCACAGCACCAGCCCUUGGCUAGAAGGAGCACCGUACCCGCUGAUCAAGAUAAUGUAAGCAUUUCUGUUUCAGUCCCAGCCAGCCUGCGUGAUACGGUCUACAGAAGAAGACUGGGUAACGACCAUUAUGACUCUGACUCCCAGUUGUAUUCGGACUCUGGGUCAGUGUCCUUCGAUUCGGGGAAAGCUCCUUUGGAGAGGAGAAAGCACAACACCUCACCCUUAACUCUGCUGACAAGUUCCCGGGAGUCAUUGGACAGCAUCCCCAGCACUUCUCCUGGGGCUGUGCGACGCAGGGCACCCGGGCUUUUGGAAAGAAGAGGCUCAGGAACAAUUCUGUUGGACCACAUUUCCCAUACCCGACCGGGCUGCCUACCCCCUUUAAAUGUCAACCCCCAACCCCCCAUUCCAGACAUUGGCACAUGUAGCAAACCUUCAUCCCCGCUUACUACCUGCAUCCGGUCCAUAGUACCAGUAGCACCCAGUUCACCUAUGAGAUCGGACCUCAAGUCCAAAAAGAAACUUGUGAGAAGACAUUCUAUGCAAGUGGAACAAAUGAAGCAGCUUACGGAUUUGAACACUGAGUGAAAGUGCCCACUCCUUUUCUUUUUCACAACAGCUUAGUGUUGCCCACUUUAACACCAAAGGGCCAUAUUUUGAAGCAGGUGCAAAGGCACCACCGAGGCGGAUAAAAAAUUGUAGCAGCAUAAAACUAGCAACAAACAACCCAGCAAGAGGAAGGAGUCGUUCAGUUAUCAUUCUGGAGUGUCUGGGCUGUUCAUCUCUGAAAAUGUCCUAGUGUAUGCCUCUGCACACACUUCAAAACAGGGCCUGUCAGUGUGUCAGCAGAAUUAGUACUACAUCAUGUUCUACGAUCCAUCAUGACGUUUAAGAUUUAGAAAAUGUCUUGCAUUACCUGUGAACAAAAUGGUCUAGAAUCAUGUAACAGGCCAGUGUCAAUAAUGAGACAGAGGCAAGAAAGCUGCAGUUAAAGUGCCAGUGAAAACAAAACAAAACAGGAACAAAAGGUACAUUUAAAAGAAAUGAUAUU